AUGUCUGACAGUCAGUCAGCUCUCCCGCAGGAGUUGCAAAGAAAAUACGUACUGACUCGGCAGGUUGGCACAGGGGUGUGUGGUGAAGUAAAACUAGCCUUCGAGAGAUCCACCUGCAAAAAAUUUGCAGUGAAAAUAAUAAACAAGAAGAAUUUUCAGUCUGAAGGGACAGCAACGCGAAAUGCGGAGACAGAGAUUGAAAUUCUGCAGCGAGUGAACCAUCCUUGCCUCACAAAGACAGAAGACUUCUAUCAGACAGAGGACAGCUACUACAUUGUCUUGGAGCUCAUGGAAGGAGGAGAACUUUUCCAAAAAGUGAAGUCCCAGGGGCAGCUGAAGGAGUCAAUCGCCAAACUUUACUUUUACCAGAUGCUGAGAGCCGUCCAGUACCUCCACACCAAUGGAAUAAUCCACCGAGACCUGAAGCCAGAGAACAUCCUGCUGUCCUCACACAAUGAUAUCUGUCUCAUAAAGGUUACGGACUUCAACCAGGAUAGGAGACAGGAGGUGCACGGUCCAUCCCCCUGUUCCCCGUCCCCCACGACCCCGUUUGGUAUUGCUGAUUAUUAGUGCGGUACGGGCGUCGACCACGCCUUUUCCCGUACCGCACUUCAGUCCAGUCUUGUUGCUCAUAAUUCAUGAUUGUUUUUAAUCUUUUUAAUUAUUUAUUACUAUUUAUUAAUGUACUGUAUUUAUUAAACUAUGUAUUUAUUUAUUUGUGUAUUUAUCUAUCUAUUUAUUAAUCUAAUGAAAUGAAAAAAUAUUUAAAACAAAAACUGUAUAUAAAAAAUGAAUUGUUCUUUAAUUUUUUUAUGCUUUUUUUGUUGUUUUCUGAAAUCAAAAUGAAAUAAAAGAAAGAAAACCAAAUAAAAUGCCUAUGAGGAGGAAGAAAUAAAGAAAAGGUGUGAUAAAGAGUGCCCAGUUGCAACGUUUCGACCGCUGUGGGUCUUCUUCAGGCUAUGGGCACAAAAAGAAACAUGUCCGGACUUGUCUGAGUAUGUCUGUGAGAUGUUUGCUCUUCAGGACACAUAGGAGAAGUGGGAGCCUCCUAACCUUAACCCUAACCCUAACCCCUAACCCUAACCCUAACCAUUAGAGGCAACUUAAUGACCAACGGCCAAGCAGGCCACAGAGGUCAAAGGUCAAGCAGGACCGUAACCCUAAUCUUGGGAUUAAAAAAUACCUAUUAAUAUGUUUAUUAAAGCACAAAUAUGUGAAUAAACAUAAUUAAUAUGGAUUAAAAGCACAAACGGUGCAGAAAGGGUUAACAUUUCAAAAACUAAAUAGAGCAGAAAAUAACUUAAAUAUAAGUAAAUUCACUCUAAUUAUUGUCUGAGGGUAUAAAAAGGGAGAAAAGUUGGUAGGGCUUUCAUUUCCACUCAGAAGCUUGAAGAGAGAACAUCUUUAGAAUUACCAGCCAGCAUCUUUUGUUUUUCAUUCAAGAGAGAGUUUUUUUGUUGAGUGAGGUGUGCCAGACCUGAAGAAGACCCACAAGGGGUCGAAACGUUGUCGUGGGCACACAUAUUUGAUUGUACAUAGUUUAUUUAGAGAAAAAAAGUUUAAAAAAUAACAAAAAAAUCUAAAAACAUUUAAAAACUAGAUUAAAACUUAAAAAACAUUUAAAAAUAUUUAAAACCAUUUAAAAACAGUUGGAAAUACAUUUUAUUUUAAUUUUUAUUAAAACAAUCAGCAUUUUGUUUUAAGAAAAGUUUAAAUUUGAAGUUAAGUUUCCUUUGAAGUUAAGUUUCCUUUCCAUAUGAAGUUAAGUUUCCUUUCCCUUUAACCCUAACCCUAAAAAGAGCACAAAAUAAAAUUGGAAAAUUAAGAAAUUCAUUGGUAUUUUUCACCAGACACUAUUAAAAGGGAGAAGUAGGCAGGGUUUAUUCAUUUCUAUUCAGAUGCUUGGAGAGACAACAUCUCAGCUAUUUAUCAGCCAACAGCUUUUUGUUUUUCUUAUUUCAACCAGCAGCUUUUUGUUUGUCAAAACAUUGUCUUUGGCACACAGUUUUAUUUGUAAAUAGUUCAUCUCUAUUAUUUGUUUUUCUAAAGAUGGAAUUUGAUGACAUUGCCACAGAAAACAGUCAGGCCGUCAUUGACGCAGCCCUGCCUUUCAAUUACGAUGUUGAGCGCUUCCUCAGGACUGAGGAAGAGUUCUACAUGCCAGUCCACGCUGCCUUCCACCCAGAUCCAACCUCCCUGCAUCUCUCUUGGGAUAUUGAUGGGGUAAUUUUAGAGGUAACCACAUUUGCCGCUUUAAAGGCACCCAUGCCCUACAUUUACUUACCAACUUCUCACCACAGCUUUCCAGCUAAGGCACAGUGGCCUUUUUUAAAAAAACAUCUUCCCCUCAGGGAGAUGUCAGCUGAGGUGAUGAAAGAGUGGAGGCGGGUGUAUGGGGUCAACCUGGGCACAGCCGAAGGGGGCUGGGUCAUGAUCCUUUCCCUUGUCCCAGCUGACAAGGUUAUUCCCAGCAACAUACUCAUAUCGGAGGCGGCUGCUAAAAACCUGACCGAGGAUGUGGCAGCAGACGUAGCCAGGGCAGUGGUCAGCCAACUUAUAAAUCUUGGUCCGAUGGAGAUGACACGCUUGUCAAUCCAAAAAAAUAACAUAUUUGAACUUGCAAAGUUCAGGCUCUUUCGGGAUGACCAGUCAAUGUUCCUGGCUUUAAUAGACACAGCCAUUGACUCCCUUGAGCUGCCAAAUGGGGUGGCUGUUCUGAGGACAGUGGGACAGCUUGGUGGGCAGGAGUCAAAGCCCAUCAUGCUCCUGGACAUCCUCUCCUCCAUGGACCACAUCAGGUCCUGUACUGUUCAUGCAGCAUGUUCCAUCCGGCAUGUUGACCCAGAUGUGGACCUGAUGUGGUCCAGAUGGGGGAUUAAUAAGCUGGCGGGUUCAAGGGGAAAUGUGUUCAGCAACCUGUCCAUCCACGAGGCGGCUAACUACCAAUCAAAUUUGGACGGGAGGCCCAUGGAUGUAAACCAAAAACUGUGGUCUUUGUUCAAAGUUGGGAAUGUUAGUCCGACACUGAACUUCCUCCAACUUUAUUGUGACUGCCCACACAGACCCCAGUUCCCGUUUUACAAGCACCCCAUUAGUGGAGUUAUAGCCUGCUGUGGACUUCUCCACAAAAACUCGACAAAGGCUAUGGACAAAAGGGCAAGGGAAUACCUUCAGCACUUUAGGGACCUGAGUGUUAAAGGUAUUUUCCACCUCCCAGCUCGCGUGGAAGGGGUUCUGCUCUUCACCCAGGACAUCCCUCACACUCUGUCGAGCUUCACCUUGAUGGAGGAGAAGGCCCUCUUGGAUCUGCUCAGCCAAGAGGCCAUGCUCCUUCCAUUCAAGUCAGUGGAGGGAGAUGGCAUUCGGAACCUCCAUUUUGCGGUGGUGGACCACAUUGUGGACAGGUUGGGAGAGCUGUUGACCACAUCGGCUCAUGGGGGGGCUAUGAGGAGAGUUGGGAGGCCUUCCAGCUCGAACUGGCCCUGGAAGAGCACUUCCACGGCCAACCACGGAGUGGGCUUGAUCGAGCCUACAGCGUGACUCUGGGCACCAGCUCCACCAACAUUAACAGCAGGACCAGGCGGCGGAAUUUCCUGGCACUGGCACCCUGGUCCUCUGCCAGUGCAGGUGAGGUACUGCCCCCCUCGACAACUGGACGGGAGUAACUACUCAGCAGUGGAGAGUGGCGAGGCUCUUCCCGCUGACCUGUGUCCUCAAUGCCUCAGACACAGACCUGGGCAGUGAGAUGGUGACGGUUACCCUGAAGGAUAUCUUUCAGACCAACCAUGCCAUCCCCUGGAGCUUGUUGAAGGGACAGGAGGAGAAUAGGCCGGUUCUCAAGGAUGCAAAAACUUACCCAGAACUGGCAGACACCCUGCUCAAACAUUUGACACAUUUCCGGUACCCCUGUGUCUUCCCUAGAAUGGUGGAAAUGGUCAAGGAGAAGGGCAGGGAUGUCAUCAGUUGCCUGGUGGCUGGUCUGACCGCUGCGCAACUGAAGUUCUUCCCCCAUGUCCACUACAGGACCUACAAAGGGACAAAAAGGGUCAAUUGGAAGAACGAUGCGUAUGCCCUGCUCAGACCCGAAGGGGAGCCAGAGACAGCAGAGACCAGGGCAAUCAAGCUCAAUGAGCUUGUUGCCCAGGAACUGCUCGAAAGGGCUUUGACGGAGGACGGGCACCUGGAGCGGUACAGGGAGUGGGGGAUGCCCUGGCUUCCCAUGGUGCUGUCAAGGAUUCCCCCUGAGGUGAAGAAGGAGGACAGGAAGAUGGACCUUGUGGUCUAUUUGUCUUGCCUUGCCAUCAUAAUGAAUGGUGGAUUUGUGCACUUCGCCAAGCUCAAGGACCUUCACAAAUCCCUCCCUGUCUCCCAGAAACGGCUGUUGGACAUCCGUCUCCGGUCAGUCUUCUCCCUGAAGACCAUCUGCAGGGAUACAGUCCUGUACAGGCUGGCAGAUGACAUACCCACCACCCUGCCAGCCACACGCAAUCCCUACAGGGGUAGGAAGGGCCGCGAGGAGGAGGCGCAGGAGGAAGAGCCUGCUGACCCUGGACUUGACGAGUCAACCUCACAGUUGCUGGUGGAGGAGGAUAGCCGUCAGGCCAGGUCUAUCAGCAUGGCCAGGCCAGCUGGCAAACGGACAAAGUGGUCACCCCAGGAACUAGCCCUGGUAAGGGACACUGGGGACCUGGAGGCUGACUACAAGUCAUAUGUGAAAGAUUGCUUUGACAGUGACAUUCCCCACCGUUCCAAGCAGUCUUUCAAAGCCAUGCGCUGGCGCAUGAGGGAUAACUAG